UGAUAGCAGAACUCAAAACGAAGCGACAUAUCCCCGGAAAAAACAAAGGCCGAGCCAAUUGAAGAGCCCAAAUAAUAACAAGAGAUCUCAAGCAGUCGCAAUAUCAAUAAAUCACUAUGUCUGAAGCGAGUUUCGACCAAUACGAGCACUACAACUUCGAUCACGGCAAACACAUCUUCACCGCGCACAGCGGCAAGCAGCGCUCCAAGAAGGAAGCCAGCGAUCAUACCAAUCAUUUCGAUCCCUCGGGACAUUCGAGGAAAAUUUUAACCAAGCUGGUGAACACCAAUAACAACAAAAAGUCGUGCAAAAACUAAUUGUUUGCCUUACGAUAAACAAGUAAAAGGAAACCGUAUCGAAUUUUGAUUGCAACAUAAAAUAAUCAUGAAAGUGAAAGGCAAAAGAGGGAGAAAGUUAUGCUAUUGUUUACAUAGAUACAAUACUUAUCACCUGUUAGCUAUAUUAACCACAGAUUGUUGUAUUUAUAUAUAAGUAAUUAUAUAUAAAAUUAUAUACUUGAAAAUUGUUUAUAACAUAUAUGACUAUUGUAGAUAUAGAAAUAAACUUUAGAGGACCUAAGGUUGGGUUUGAUAUUCUAA